UGCGUAAGCUUAAAAUGUAUACUUUUUUUUUGUUUAUAUGUUCAUAGAUGAUUUGAAGGGACAGUCAUAACACUAUAAUGAGUAAAACUGGAAACAAUGUAACUUAAAUCCGUUGCUCUUUAGACACUAAUAAUUUAGCUUUUUAUUAGUCCAGCUGUUUUUAACGAAACACUGGAGUGGGUCAAAGGCGUAACAUCCACUAUAGGUACACUUUUCGAAAAAGUAAAAAAUGAAGCGUCGCCAACAACAGCAAGUUCGAUGCUUUUCUUUAAAAGGAAGAAAGCAGACGUGAGUUGGUUGAUGAAAAGGGAGUAAAAAAGUAUUUUGAGUUACAGUGAGAAGGUGUAAUGUACUCCUCAGCAGGGUCCUGGUUAAACAUGCAGAGAGUGAGACGGCUUUUUCUGAUGUAUGUUUACCACUUUUCUGGCAGAAUGAUUAAACUCAAUCUCAAACUUAAUCUUAAUCACAAUGUGUUGAAAGGUAGGCUGUUUUGUAUCUUCAGGGUUAUUAAUGUGGACGUUAUUAAGGGGAAGGGGAGCACACUGCCAGAGAAAGCUUUAUAUUUCAGUCAGGAGUGGUGGACUUCAGUCCUCGACUGAAAUGCGGGAGCAGGGCCGAUAGAGGGCGCUCUCUGAAGGACGCGCGUCCUCUUCAAGUGGACUCUUAUUUUGAAAGGCCAUUGACGUCAUCGCGGGCACGUUUCUUUACGUUCUGUGUCGUAGCCGCUUGACGGUAUGUGGAGAGCAGCAAUGUCGGAGGAGAUCGGGAAGGCGCUACAGUCGGUAGUGGAGCGGGUGAACCAGGCGGCGGCACGGCGGCCCAAGACACUACCAGCUGUGCCGCCCCGCCUCGUAGCUGUCAGCAAGACAAAACCCCCAGACAUGGUUGUGGAGGCCUACAGACAAGGGCAGCGUAACUUUGGAGAAAAUUAUGUUAAUGAACUCGUGGACAAAGCUUCAGAUCCUCUGAUUUUAGACUCAUGUCCAGAGAUCAAGUGGCACUUUAUCGGCCAUCUACAGAAGAAUAACGUCAACAAACUCUUGGGCGUGCCAAACCUGUUCCUUGUGGAGACAGUCGACUCUGCGAAACUGGCUGACAAGGUCAACAGCUCAUGGCAGCGCAUCAGAGGAGCCAGCACGCAGACGCUAAAGGUCAUGGUGCAGAUCAACACCAGCGGAGAACAGAGUAAACACGGCCUGCCACCAGAGGAGACAGUGAACACGGUGAAACACAUUGUGUCCCAUUGCUCCGCCCUGCACUUCUUAGGACUCAUGACCAUCGGGCGCUACGGCUACGACCUCUCCCUGGGCCCCAACCCAGACUUUCAGAUGCUGCUGAGUCGGAGGCAGGAGGUGUGUGACAGUCUGAAGCUGCCUCUGGAGGAGGUGGAACUCAGCAUGGGUAUGUCCACAGAUUUUGAACAUGCGAUCGAGGUGGGCUCCACCAACGUGCGAGUGGGCAGUAUUAUAUUCGGCAACAGGGAGUAUCCCAACAGUGCAGCGAACACUCCAAAUCCCAGUCCGGCUCCCAGUCCAGCUCCCAGCCCGGAGAAAUCCUCCAAGACGGUGUCAGAAGAGGCCGCCAAGAAGAUGCAGCACCUCACUGUGUCAGGACACUGAGAAGAGAGAAGAGCUUCUCCUCCUCUGAAAUACCUUUAAGAAAAAGAAAAGAAAAACACUCUUCACGUUCAAGCUGAACCGAGCAGUGAAGCAGAUCAUUUCCAGAGCCAUGUGGAGCUAGGAUUGCAAAGUUCUUGCAUAAUUUUAAAGUGUAUUUGCCUAAUCCUCUUCACUUUUUUGUGUGCCCUUCUUGCUCUUUUAAGCAUUAAAAAGUGGCAUUCGAUACAGAACUAGUUCUACCUUUUUUAAAAGUAGUGUGUUACUAACCUAUAUCGCUCUGACUUCCUUCUCAUGGAAAUCUCGCCUACAAGAUUACUGGAUACAAGACAAAUGUACGCAUACUGAAAAACAUGGUGACAUAUGGAAAAUGAUUUCACAUGAUAGUGGGGAUUUGUUGUGCUGAUGUGAUAUUUUCUACCUUUCCAACCCAACGUGACAGUGCUGACAUGUGCUCGACUGUGUACAGUGUCCCAGAGAUCAGGAAUUCCACUCAGUACAGCGUACCGUUUUUGUUGUACAGAUAAAACAAAGACUUGAUUUAAUAAAUCAUUUAUCCCUUUAUAAUGACACAUACAUAGUAUUGUGUGUUUGAUAUCGUUUCGUAUGGUGUGCCUAUUGUGUCAAAUCUCUAUUCUUGAUAUUAACAAAACCGAGGGCAAACCUGACGAAAGUGUUUUGUUCCUGUGUAACAGUCUUGUGUCCGUGCUAUGGUGUGGCGCGUUGUUGGAGAACAAAAGGGGGUGAAUCUAUGCAAAGUGGUGAUUUUGUUUUCGAGUACAUUUUUACACUGCAGCUGUCACGGUGUCGCAGGGGUUCUUCAGAGAUGUCACAAGGUCGGUGUGUUUUUCUGUCUCCAUGAAAAGUGCUUUCAUUGUCAGUGAUAUAUAUAUAUAUAUAAAAAAAAAAGAUUGAUCAACUUGUGGUUAGACGUGUGGUUGCUGUCGUAAUGAGGCGUUUGUUUGGUUUGGAAUCUGGCUCGGAGGGAAGCCAAAGCCAAGCAAUAAAUUUUAUUGUUGAAAAUA